GUGAGCAGAGAUGGCACAAGAUGGACGCCUACCCCUUGAGAUGAUGGGUUGUGCUCGUCGAGGCACAGAAAUUCAUCGUCCAUUGUCUAGACUUGGCUAACGGACCUCUGUGACCUUGAGGAGAGAGAGGAAGGAACCACUCUCCCUCUUCCCACUUCUUCUUUCUCUCUUUGACGCCCCCGAAAUUCUCCCGCCCUCGUAUCUCCUCGGCAACUCCUUGUACCGUCCGUACGUAUGCUUGGUGCCGUACCGUCUCGUGCAUGCUGUGCUGUUAUCACCGAGAUGUAGAAUCGUGUCCAUCGCUCGAUCUGUCCUUCGGUUGCGUCCCCGUCGCGUUGUCACUCUCUUCUUCUUCGUCGAUUCUUUGUCUGCGAGCCAGCGUCCAUCAUCCAUGGCGAUUAAUCACUUCUUGCUCUUUCAGGAAGAACCGUCAGUUGUGAUCGUCAUGUCUCUCCCUCGGUUUCCUACCAGUGGGUUACGAGCGACAACAACGUCAUCACCCAAUCCUGUCCGCCGCUGAUUUGCGCUUACCCUUGAGAAAAACCAUCAACACGACGGGUGACGACUCGGUCUAUCUUGGACGAGUGGGACAAAGGAGUGGAUCGUUUCCGGGAAAGAAUGCAGGUCUGAUGAUGAUGAUGAUGAUGAUGAUGAGGGUGGUUGGUGCGUCCAUGAAGCCUCUGAUCAGAGAUAUGUCAACGUGUGCAUCGCCGCAUGUGUUUUCGCUUUCCCUGGCAUCUCGUGUACGCGUGCUGUGGUUGCGUCUGUAGGUUACUCUGCAGACGGAAAGCGGCAUAUAUCGGAGGUCAAUCCUUCUGCUCAGUUUCUCCUCCUCCUCCUCCUCCUCCUCCUCCUCCUCCUUCGAUUACUCGGUCGGCCAGAGCGAGAGAGGGAGCGAGGAGGGAGAGAGAUCGGUCGGGAGCUGAUUACUGUGGCUCACUUCCGUUGUGUCAUCGAGCGAGAUGCCAGCGGCGACAGUAGCGGCGACAGUAGCGGCGACGGCGGCGGCGGCGCCGCCGCCGCUGUCGCCGCUGGAAGUGUCAUGUGAGCUUCCGGUUGGCAGCGAUGGCGUCUGCAUGAUUUGCAAAAGCUCCCCGCCUGAUGAUCAAGUGCUUUUGUGUAACACAUGCGCAAGUCCGUGGCACAUGGGGUGUCUCAAGCCGCCAGUUCAGGAGGUCCCGACAGGUGACUGGUACUGUCCCGACUGCAUGAUGAUGCCCAACCAAGGGGACAUCGCGGGACCGCCACGUGUCGUACCUGUGGGGGCGAUGAUGGCACCUGCUGGAUCUGAUCGACUCCUGCAAAAGAUUCUAGCCAUUCAAAACGAUCGCAAGCUGACGGAGGCGGAGAAAGCCAAACGGCGGCAACAACUCAUGUGCAUGCGUACGAAAACAGCCGGAGGUGGAGGUGGAGGUGGAGGUGGAGGUGGAUCUGACGAGGACGAAGAGGAGGAGAGGAGCAGCGGAGAUAACAUCGACGGAAGCAGCAACAAUGUCUCAAAUGCUGCGAAUACGAGUAACGGGCACAACAAUAACGCCGAGAACAACAACAAUAAGGCGACCAGCAGCGAGAGUGACAAGGCCAAGGGAAAUGCGACGUUGGGAGUUUUCGACGAAAACCUCAUCUGCAGCUUUUGUAUCAAGCUUUGUGAUCGCCCUGUCACGACACCCUGUGGUCAUAAUUUUUGCUUGAGGUGUUUUGAGAGGUGGAUUUCCCAAGGGAAGCGGACUUGCGUCAAGUGUCGCGCGAGCUUGGACAAGUUUGCGUCGAACUUCCGUAUCAACUCUGCAUUGGUUAUGGCUAUCCGCUUAGCUAAACAAGCUGCUACCUCCGUAGAGGGCCGCCCUCCUCCCAAGGCAUAUCACAACAUUGCAAAUGAGAACCGUCCCGACAAGGCAUUCACAACGGAGAGAGCGGUGAAGUCGGGAAAGGCAAAUGCUUGCAGUGGCCGCAUUUUUGUCACAGUGCCUCCGGACCAUUAUGGACCAAUCACAGCGGAAUAUGAUCCUCAGAGAGGAACAGGAGUGCUUGUAGGAGAGUGCUGGGAAGAUCGAAUGGAGUGCCGGCAGUGGGGUGCGCACUUGCCACAUGUUGCAGGAAUUUCAGGGCAAAGUGAGUCUGGAGCCCAAUCUGUUUGUUUGUCGGGUGGCUAUGCAGAUGAUGAAGAUCAUGGAGAAUGGUUUCUGUACACUGGAAGUGGUGGUCGUGAUUUGAGCGGGAACAAGAGAACAACGAGUGUGCAGUCAUUUGAUCAGGAGUUCACAAAGCUAAACAGGGCAUUGCUGCUAAGCUGCAAGAGGGGUUUUCCACUUCGUGUUGUCAGAUCUCACAAGGAGAAAAGAUCGGCUUAUGCACCAAUUCGAGGCGUUCGGUAUGAUGGAAUCUACCGGGUAGAGAAGUGUUGGCGCAAGAAAGCAGAACAGGGCACGCUGAUAUGCCGAUACCUGUUUGUCCGUUGUGAUAACGAGCCUGCACCCUGGCUGAGUGAUGAUCAUGGUGAUAGACCUCGGCCCUUGCCACCGGUGCCGGAGUUGAAGAAGGCACAAGACAUCAAGGAGAGAAAAGUGAGGCCUGCAUGGGAUUGGAAGGAAGAAGAGCAACACUGGGGCUGGACGAUUGACCCGCCACGGAGUCGCCAUCUGAAUGUUAGAAGUGAGGGCAUGCUAAAGAGGAAACAGCUCACAAUACAGCAGAAGCUCUUGAAAGAAUUUGGAUGUAACCUCUGCAGAAGAGUUCUUGAAUCUCCCCUGUGUACGCCUUGUGGACAUAAUUUCUGUAAAGCAUGCCUGGAGGGGGAAUUCAAAGGGAUAGAGGAGGUUCGUGUUCGAGGACGGCCUGGUGGACGCACAUUGCGUGCGCAGAAAUUGGCAAAGCCUUGCCCAAUGUGCAAAAGCGAUAUAGCAGAGUAUAUGAUACAUCCUCAGGUGAACAGAGAGAUGGAAGGUAUUAUUGAUACUCUGCGAAAGAAUGCGGAGAAGGCGGAGGAAGAUGCUGACAAAGACAAUGAGGAGGAUGGAGAGGAUGAGAGCAUGAGUGAGGGCGAGGGCGAUGAGAAUGACGACGAGGAAGAGCGGGAGGAGGAGGAGGAGGCUGAUGCUGGCAGCAAGAGAAAAAGGCAAGAGAACUCAUCGUCGGAUCUUGCAGAAGGCGAUAGCUUCUUGUCAAAGAGAGCAAAGCAAGUGGAUGGUGGUGGUCUCUCGACAGCAAAAGCAAAGCAAAUUGACGGUGGCCGUUUCGCACCGGGAAAGGCAAAACAAAUGGAUGGUAAUAAUCAUCAUGUAGUAAUAGAGGUCCCUGAAGACAGCGGUGAGGACCCCUCCUCUUGUAAUGGCACACCUUUGCACUGUAUGAGCUUAGUGCUUGCCGACGAUUGCAAUGCGGCACACCGAGAGGCAAGUGAAGACCAUAUGAGAAGUUGGAAUGAAAUGCAUCCUCAGAGAAAAGCGAAGUUGCAGCGCGUUCUCAAAAGUGGGCCCUACCAGCGUCUCUUAGCAGCCUACCCUGCUUUGGAUCCUGAGCUUCUGCGCAACAUGCUGGAGGAUCAAAAUGGAGAUGUCAAGAUGCUUGAGCUGAUAGUGCAUGGACUGGUUAGGUAUGAGAGAGCUCUUCAAAACAGUACUUUCCCGUCAAGUCCUGGAUGGGGACUGAGGGCAUCGAAUGGUGUGGCAAGCGCUUCGCGAGGGGCUGGCAGAGGAGGAGGGGGUCGAGUAGAAAUGAUGGAGAGCCCGUCGCCUGCCCGGCCUGCACUGCUCUAUGAAGAAGAAGAAGAAGAAGCUGAGCAGCACAUGAGAGAUGAACAUGCAGGUGAGGGUGGUGAGUCACCAGGAUGGGGAAAAGAGAACCUGUGGAGAGGGAAUGGUGUUUCGAAUGGAGAGGCGAAUGGGCAUGCCGCUCCUGGCCAAGCGGUUGAGAAUGGGGGCGAUGAAGUGGUAGAGAACAGAGGUAAUUGUGUGGAAGCAAAUGGAAAUGAGGGGUUGCCACUGGUGUGUUUCAAGGGGGAGAGCAGUAUGAAUAAUAAGAAGCCAAAGAAUAGCAAGAAAGGGAUUGAACUAGCGAUUGUGAGGAGUCCUGCAAUGCGAGUGCUGCCAACAAGGCAAGCCAAGCGGAAUGGACUGGACCCAGGCCCUUCGAAGGUGUUGGUGGAGAUAGAUUCGGAUUCUGAGAGUUAGUAACCCUCCGGUUUAAGGUCUCAUCUGUCUGUCAUGACUCUCUGAGGAUCGGCUCUACGUACAGUAAUAGGCAACAGUCAGGCAGUGGACAGCAGCCAGUAUCCAAUCAGACAGGAUGAUUAAUAAGCUUGGGCAGCAGGGUCAACAUGUGGAAAGCUCUUCAGAAUCUUGUUAUUCUUCUUGAGCUUUGUGUGACUUGUUUUGAGAAUUAGCUUUCACGAUGACAGCAUUGUACCUUGAUGACAUGCGGUCAUGUAUUAUUCCCCCGAAUGAGGAAGUGCGAUCUCUGUAGGCCCCCUUCCCCCCGU